CCAGGAAGCUGUGGACCUGGGUCUGAGACCCCACGUCCAGGAAGCCUUGGCGAGCCGCCGUGCCGGGCGGCCCGGGUGCGGCAGGAUGAGCUGGUGAGCCGACUGAGCACCGAGGAGCGGGUCCAGUCACACCGAGGGGGACAUGGCGUCUUGGCUCUGGAGAAAGCUACGUGGCAAGAGGCGGUUGGUGGUGGCAUUCUGCCUCCUGAUGACUCUGUCUGUGAUGGCUGUCACCUGCUUCCCCGCACAGCCUCAGGCGGCCAUGGAGCCCCGGGGGGUGAUUGGCACCCCUGACCCUCACAGCCUGCAGGCUCUGAGCUCCCGCUGGAGGCCACAGACAAGAAGCCUGCGUUUCUGGAGAGACUGGGCCCUGCCCAGGAGUUCCAUCCCUGAGUGUGCCGAGGAGCAAGACCACCGAAGAAGGGGAGUGGACAGCAGCAGGUCCCCGGAAGGGGCAAGCCAGCAUGCAGGGCGGGUCAAGAGGGACAUUGCUUUGGCAUCUGUAGGAGAUCUGAGGCUCAGCACUCAGCGUCUCGUGCUCCUGAGGGAGGAUGAGGUCAAGGGCCCAGGAGCCAAAGACCUGCAACCCCCUUGGAAGGAUGGUCCUGUCCGGGAGGUACAGAGUGAGACAGACACCAUGGCCAGCGCCUUCCCAGGACACCGGAGAGCUGAUGCUGGACCACCCCUCUGGCCCCAUCCAGCCCGAGGCACGGACCUGCCAGGAGCUAGGAGCAGAGCUUUGACUGGUGGGCAGAGAGCAGGGGGUCCCACCUCAGCUGCAGGCGCUCGUCAGUGGCCUGGCUCUCUCAGGGAGCUGCAAGAGUCCACCUGGUGUGCUGCUGAGACCCCUGGCCUGGGGGCCAGUGGGCAGGUGCCCCCAUGGCUCACAGAGCACGAUGUGCAGACCCUCCAGCUGCUGGCCCAGGGGGAGGUGGUGGGCAAAGCCAGGGUCCCUGGCCACGGGCAGGUGCUGCAGGUGGGCUUCUCCACGGAGGGCACCCUUCGGGACACAUCUCCGGGGCUCGGUGGACUCUGCUCCCGGGGGCUCUGCGGCCUGAUCAAGAGGCCUGGAGACCUGUCCGAGGUGCUAUCCUUCCACGUGGACCGUGUGCUGGGGCUGCGCCGGAGCCUUCCCGCCGUGGCCCGGCGCUUCCACAGCCCCCUGCUACCCUAUCGCUACACGGAUGGUGGCGCGAGGCCCGUCAUCUGGUGGGCUCCCGACGUGCAGCACCUGGGCGACCCAGACGAUGACCAGAACUCCCUGGCCUUGGGCUGGCUGCAGUACCAGGCCCUGCUGGCAGGUGGCUGCAGCGGGCGGGGCCGGGCCUCCUGCCUGGGCAUCCACCGCGCCGAGUGGGCGCGCCUGGCCCUCUUCGACUUCCUGCUCCAGGUCCAUGACCGCCUGGAUCGUUACUGCUGCGGCUUUGAGCCGGAGUCCUCGGAGCCCUGUGUGGAAGAGGGGCUCCGGGAGAAGUGCGGGAACCCCGGUGAGCUGCGGCUGGUCCACAUCCUGGUCCGGAGCAGUGACCCGUCUCAUCUGGUCUACAUCGACAAUGCCGGCCAUCUUCAGCGGCCUGAGGACAAGCUGAACUUCCGGCUGCUGGAGGGCAUCGAUGGGUUUCCGGAGUCCGUGGUGAAUGUUCUCCAGUCCGGGUGCCUACAGAACAUGCUGCUCAGGUCCCUGCAGAGGGACCCUGUGUUCUGGGAGAGCCAAGGCGGGAGGCAGGGGCUGCAGCAGGCUCUGCUGGCCCUGGAGCAGCGCGGACGGGUCCUGCUGCGGCACAUCCGGGAGCACAACCUGACAGUCUUCAGGGACGAGGACGCGUGAGCCCCCGUCGCCCAGGCAGGGCUCCCACCUCGGUGGUGAGGUGCUCACAACACAACCCGAGCGGACGAGCCCCCGUGCUGAUGGCCACGCUGCCCCGAGCUCACUCGUCUGAAGACAAAUGGGAAAAGCCAGAGCCGGGAGGGCACCGCGGGUGUCCUGGGGUGUGUCACCUCCCUGGGACGAUGCCUGCCCGGGAUGGGUGGUGGGUUCUCACUGUCCACAUUGGUUUCUGCUCCCUUGGCUCUGGUCAUUUACCUCCUUGCACCAAUAAACACAUUAGAGGAUGUUC